UUUAGUGUGAUAGUUGUGCUUUUUGGGUCCAGAAAUUAGUGAUUUUAAGGAGAAAUUUUGAUGGAUUUUUUUGAUUAACUCUUAAAUCACAAUGAAAGAACUCAAAGACUCUCCAGACACCGUGGAAACGGUACAGGAUCACAGGAACCUCUUGGACUGGUCAGAAACAACAAACACUACCGAUUUAGAGCACCAUUUGCCGAUUAAUAUGCAAUUUAACGACGGUCAUAGACUCUCAAUUACAGUGUAUAGUGUUUUAAUGGUGUUUUCUGCCAUUGCCAAUAUAACGGUUUUAGUGUUAUUGAUUAAACGGCGCAGGCAACAACCGUCGAGGAUAAAUACUAUGUUGAUGCAUUUGGCUAUUGCUGAUUUAUUGGUCACAUUUCUGAUGAUGCCUCUGGAAAUCGCUUGGGCUUUCACCGUCCAAUGGCUCGCAGGUGACGUUAUGUGCAGGAUAAUGAGCUUUUUUCGAAUUUUCGGCUUAUAUUUGUCCAGUUUUAUACUUUGUUGCAUAAGCAUCGACAGGUACUAUGCAGUCCUAAAACCUCUGCACUUUGUUAAUUUAGACAGAAGAGAAAAAUUUAUGAUUAUCAGUGCCUGGGUCGGAGCCGUUAUAUGCAGUACUCCACAGACGUACCUGUUUCACGUGGAAAACCAUCCAAAUAUAACUUGGUAUGUUCAGUGCGUAACGUAUCACAGUUUUCCGACCUAUGUACACGAGCUGGCCUAUAGUGUCUCUGGAAUGGUGAUGAUGUACGCUUUUCCUUUGACGGUGAUAAUAUUUUCGUAUUCGUCGAUUUUGUUGGAGAUUUUUAGACGCACAAGGAAUCCUGGCUGUGCUGAUAGUGUCACGAGGUCUAGCUUGGCGUUCCUCGGCAAAGCCAAAAUACGCACUCUCAAAAUGACAAUCAUUAUUGUCUUUGUUUUUUUUGUUUGCUGGACCCCUUAUCAUGUGAUGUGCGUAUGGUAUUGGUAUGAUCGCGAUUCAGCACUCCACGUAGACCAGCGCAUCCAAAAAGGGCUGUUUCUCUUCGCUUGCACUAAUUCCUGCGCCAACCCAGUGGUCUAUGGGAUUUUCAAUAUAAGAGCUAGAAGGAAAACGGCCAAGGUAAGGCCUAGAUUGAAUAGUAAUCACAUUAAUAUACCUCGUGCAUCUUGCAUACCACCUCCUAUUACUGCGGAAACUCGAUUGUCGCCUUUAGAAAUAUCACUUAGGAGUCUUGAGUAGGAAGUGUAGAAACAUUGUUUUGUUGUGUUUUUGUAGAUUUAGAACAUGUGAAAUUUUUCUGAAAUAAGUGGCCCGAAAAUCCAUUUCUUGCACGAAUUUAUUUAUAGCUCUAGUUAACAGGCCACCAAGUCUGUUGUACCGUACCUAUAGUUGAAUGCUUGAAUGUUGAAUAUUUUUACUGUUAUGAAAUGUUUUAAAAUAAUUGAUUACUAACUUGUGUGAAUUUUAUUUUCGAGCAAUUUCUUUCAAGAAGCUAAAUCGUAUACGUGGUAGAUCGAUUAUGUAGAUUAUGUAGAUAAUGCUGCUGCUAAUGUAUUUAUUUAUAUAGGUAUAAUCAAAAAAGGGCCUGCCUUUUACUCAUAAUUUUGAAUUUAUUUAAAAAAAAAUCAGAUCAAACGAGAUUUAAAUUGGGGCAUUAGCUUUUCUGUAUCAAAAGAGAGAGCCAAGUUUUCAAUUUUGUGUUAGUUAAUUAAGCGAUAAGGACGCGUUGCAGCAUUUCGACCGUUUUCGCUUAGUUACAGCUUAGGUUAUUUUUUUGUCACUUUUCGUUUUUUACUGUUGAGUUUAGUAGCGCAUGUCUUUAUUCAAAAUGUAUAUGUCAUACAAAAUUGCUAUUAUGUAUGUUGUAACUAAUUUUCACUAAUAUUGUAAAAAUAAAGUAAUUUCUUUUAGUUUGUAAAACUAAAAUUAAUCAAUUCCAGAUUUAUUUUUGACUGUGAUAUUUUGAUAUAAAUAAUUACAUAUUUUUUCUACUUGAAUGAUGUCAAAUUUUAUUGGGUAUUUAAAUAAAAAUAAAUAUUUUUUGUGUUUUAAUUA